AUGGGUCUGAUGCUGUACCUGAUCACUGACUGCUACUGUGUGAUUAUGGCAAUUUUGGCGGUUUUCGGGAAUUUGGUGAUUUUGUACUUGUUUUUUACAAAACGCCUCGACUCCCGGAGAAACCUC